AGUUGACUGGAGUCCGCCAUUGAGCUUUGAGCUUUGACAACUUAUAUUUCGUGCCAUUUAUUGACAUUUAAUUUUUUAAUCCUUCGCGCAUAAUUUACGCCAAUCUUACUGAUAAAAUACAAAAAUAAAAUUCAUUACACGUUUUUAAAUAUAUAUUUAUUACAAAGUUUUGUCAUUUUUAAUCUUAUUUAAACAUGGGUCAUUUAAAAUCCAAGGGAAUUAAGUUUUAUGUGUUGACAUUGAUAGUUUUUUUGUGCUUAAGCGAAGCAAAGACAUCGGAGAACAAGACGCACACGACAGAGAUAAAAAGUUCACCAAAGAUGAGCGACGGCGCGGCGUUGAUGUUUGCCGAUGAAUUAAAACUCACGUUCGAGCGGUACUUGUUCGGGAUCUGCCCGCAGAGUUACAAGAUGCCCAUCAGCGGUAAGGGGAAGAACACUACAACCCUCACAUGCGACCUGGAUGCUGAUCAGGAGGACUUAGCUGGCAGACUGGCUACACUAGCGCUCCGUGUGCACUCUGCCUCUCGCUCAGAUUGCUCGCGACUCGGUGUGGCGCUCACGAACUCGCUCGGCGAACUUGCGCGCACGGCUGCUAACAGGCAGGCUUUCACAGCCGCUGCAGCGAAUGAAGCGAUAAAGAAACGAAAGCUUUCAAAGAGCCAAAAGGCCAAGAUCCAAGCAAAGCAACGGACAGCGCUGGCCGUAAAGAAGAAGGCAGCGGCCGCUGCAGCUGCAGCCGCCGCCAAGAUGGUGUCUUGAACUAAAAUGUAACGAUAUUAUGUGAAAAUUACUUUUUAUUUUUUAUUCUUAAUUGUUGUUUGUACCUAAUACUGAGUAUUAAAAUUAUUAAUUUUGCAUAACAUGUAUAAUUAUGGUAGAAAUAUAUUUUAUUUAAGUUCACAAAAAUUGACAUGAGGCGGUAAUUUGAUAGCCUUGAAAGGUGAACUAUGGAGGGUAGAAGUAAGCAAGACUAUCUCUGUGUAUGAAAAAGUGUCCGUCGAAAUGCGUUAAAUUAGGGUGGCUCAACAAUAGCACCUGGAUAAAUUUUAGUCCAAAACCAAAGUCAUAUAAGGUUAUAUUUAAAGAAAUAUUUUUAGACUACGUGAAUAGUUGAAGUUUUGUAUACUGUACUGUACCAAAUAUAUGAUGUCACCAAAUAUAUUAAAUUUUUUAACUCGGCAUACUUCAAUCCAUCUACAACUGAUACAUUCAUACCAUACCCUGUAUCUAUCUGUGUAUCUCUAUUCCAUUCAUUAUAUCUCUGUUCCAUUCUGGAAGGUUUUUGAACUGUUAUUUACUAGACACUUUCUCACCUUGGCUCCCAUAUGAGAUGGUAUUCCUUACCUCUACCCUCCAUAAGGUGAACGCACAUUUCUUAGCACCGUAUACUCAGCACGCGCCGCAGUAGAAUUCGUUAUAUGAAAUCGUAUGAAAUCUCGCACAUUUCACCCGCACCGUACGCGCAGUUUUUCAUAAAAUGCAGUAGAUAUCCGAAUAUUGAAGCAGACAUGCUGAUGACAUCAUAUAAUGCUGCGCGCACAGCCCGUCCUGAAUUUUAGUAUAUAGUCUAAUGUUGCCAACUGGACUUCCCACUAAAACUGAAGAUUUCGACUUCCGUUCUAGUGGAUAAAUAUUGCUUUUAGUGGCUGGUGUUUUUCUUAAUGGUUCAGUAGAAUUACGUUUCAAUUAGUGACAAGAGUAUUAUUUACGUGGUAGAGUCAUGCUGGAGCUAUAUUAGUAGUUGUAGCACGUUAAUAGUUGUAGCACGAAUGGGUCGGCUCGACCGGGGGAGGACCACGCUCUCACAGAAUACCAGCGUAAAAUAGCAGCUUAACGCUGCUGUUUCGUACGGUGAGUAUAGAGAACCGGAGACCCUUUUUACUGGAAACGAAGCAAUCUAUCUUAGUACUCACGGGUGACAACGCAUCUGCAUUUUGGUUCGUAAUCGAGGAUAAAUGUAGAUGUCUACGGGCCGCAACAACCACUUACCAUCAGGUGGACUCUGUGGUCGUUUGUCGCCAUUAUCCUAUAAAAAAAGAUGAUUAAGCCAUUUACACAUUUCGAAAUAUAUUAUUCUUCGUUUCAGGAGUAUUUACUUUCACGGUGUAGGCAACAACGAUUCGUCAACGAGACAUGCCAACUGCCUUUUGAAAUGAAUAUUGUGAAUCCAAAAUUCUCUUUUUCUUCGAAUUCUAUUUUCUUUUUCCUCUGCCAAUAAGCAGGCUUUUGCAACAUUUUUUUUUCGAUAGCUUAAUCAAUGUCACUGUACUGUUUCACUUGUGCACUGUCAUCGUGUGCUGGGAAAAUGGCUGAUCACCGUUGGGACCAGCCGCUGUGAGCAAAAUUCUGUAUGGAUGAUUGUAGGGGACUGCAGUGGACUGUAUGAUUUUAAACUAACUAACUGUGUGUGACGACUGAUUCUAUGUAGGGUAAACUAUACUAGGGACGGUUGAAGAAAAGAUGGUACUGUAGACGAUUAUGUAUUGCACUAUUUACAAGCGGCAGAUAAUAUAUAUAUAUACACAGAGGGGAAUCUUCAAUGGAGUAUUAAUUUGCUCUUCUCUCUUGAUUUCUGACUUGAGGUUUUCUUUCUUCUCUCUUGCUGUUGUAUCUUCGAGUACCGCUUCCAAAAUGAACAGCUCACAGCCCAAAACGCUCUUCUUAUAUUUCCAAAAAGAGUGUCUCGGCACGUGAGUGGUAUUAUAAGAUGUGCCGCGCGCUGAUUGGUCGGCGGCAUGACGUGAUAUUCUGGCGGUGUGCGGGGUGCGCGGGGCGUAACGGGGUAUGAAGGGGCGUCGGGGCGGCGGCUCCCCUCACCGUCCGUAACAAUGAUAAUAUUACGGCUGCAACACAAAUGGAUCGGCUAAGAACUUCUUUUUAGUUUGUGAUAUCGGCUCGAUCGGGGAAUGGCCUCGCUUUCAUAGAAUACCCGUCUAAAUUAGCAACAUAUCAAUGAUGUAUAUGGCGAGGAGUGACGGAAACUAAAAUGGGAAGAAGUAAAAGGAUAACGACGCAUUUACGAGUAUAUGUGGUAGAAUUAGAACCAUACUAUAGCUAUAUUAUUUUUGUUGCUCGAGUAGAUCAGCUCGACCGGAGAAGGACCACGCUCUCACAGAAUACCAGCGUGAAACAGCAGAAUAAUGCUGCUGUAUUUCGUGUGGUGAGUGUAGAGAACCGCAGACCCUUUUUAUUGGAAACGAGGCUUUCAUCUUAGUUCUCACGGGUGACAACACAUCUGUAUUUUGAUUUUUAAUUGAGGAUGAAUGUAGACGUAUGUGGGCCACAGCAUCCACUUACCAUCGUAUGGACUUUUACUUCCUUACCAAUACUAAGGUUCUCUAUUUAUCUACACUCACCAAACGAAACAAAUCAGUGUUGCGAAAGAGCGUGGUCGCUCUCCGGUCCUUCACGGUCCACCCAUACAACUAUAAUAUACUCGUAGCUGCAGCGUAGCUCUGCCAUAUUAUACCCCUUUCAUGGUACCGCGACAUGAUUGUGUAAUUUUAAAAAUAGAUAAUUAUUAUAUAAUGUUGUAAUUAAAAAAAAAUAUUGUAAUUUAAUUAGCUAAGACCCACGUAAUAAAAUAAAAUGAUGUGUCUACCAUAGUAUAAAAAGCACCCCCACCCUUCUUACCACCUACUUAACGUACUCACGCGGUUCUUGACUAUUACGAGUAGUUUAACAUCUUUAAUAUAGAUAAUAUAAUUACGCAAAGUAAUGCCUGAUCCUAUUCAUUAUCUUUAAUUUUUUAAGUUAAUGUAUUAUAUAGAAUACAUAAAAUUUUAUAAUUACUAAUUAUUAAUAAUUUAAUGUGUAUGUUAUUAAAAUAAAUUAUUUUUA